UAGAGUCAGAGCUUCUGGAUUGUGUGGGGCUGUGCCUCUCCCAUGGCUCCUGCAAAGUGUCCAGCCUCCCUUCCUCUGUGUGUGUGUCUGCUGUUGGCCUCUGGCUUUGCCCGUGCAGGCAGGCUCUUGGUCAUGCCCAUGGACGGGAGCCACUGGUUCACUAUGAAGAUGGUUGUGGAGAAACUCAUCAACAGAGGGCAUGAGGUGGUGGCAGUCAUACCAGAGGUGAGCUGGCAACUGGGACAAUCUCUGAAUUUUACAGUGAAGACAUACUCAACUUCUUACACUCUGGAGGAUCUGCACCAUAAAUUCAAGGUUUUUUUCGACACUCAGUGGAAAUAUACAGAACAAAGUAUGCAUUCUGCAGUAUUAGGCACAGGUCAAGAUUUCUCUGAACUGUUAUUUUCACAGUGUAGGAGUUUGUUUAAAGACAAGAAGUUAGUGGAGUACUUGAAGCAGAGUGUUUUUGAUGCUGUGUUUCUGAGUCCUUUCUAUGUUUGUGGCUUAAUUGUUGCCAAACAUUUGUCGAUCCCAUCAGUGCUCUUUGCAAGAAAUAUAUUUUGCCACUAUCUUGAAGAGGGUGCCCAGUGCCCUGGUCCACUUUCUUAUGUUCCUAGAUAUUUCUCACAAUCUAAAGACACCAUGACUUUCAAGGAGAGAGUGUGGAACCACCUCUUGCACAUUGAAGAACGUCUAUUUUGCCCCUAUUUCUUCAAAACUGCUACAGACAUUGCCUCUGAAGUUCUCCAGACCCCAGUGACUAUGUAUGACCUCUAUAGCCCAGUAUCCAUUUGGUUGUUACGCACUGACUUUGUGCUGGAUUUUCCCAGACCUGUGAUGCCCAACAUGGUCUUCAUUGGUGGACUCACCUGCAAGCAGGGGAAGCCACUUUCUAAGGUAGAAGUAGCCAUGAUAAUGGCUGAAUAA